GAAACACUUUUCUCCCCAGCUCCGGCAGCUGCACGCAGAAGCCUGGAGACGGUCAGGAAGCUCCAGCUGACCGACCACGGCCCGAGAUCAUCACGGAGCCAAGUUCCAGGCUGUCUGAGGAAGCACUUCCGUCUGGUGCCAGCCCUGACCAUCUCCUCGAACCAGCACUGCAGCCCACCCGGCUGGCAUCAUGGAGAAGGUGCAGUACCUGACGCGCUCAGCCAUCCGGAGGGCCUCGGCCAUCGAGAUGCCCCAGCAGGCGCGCCAGAACCUCCAGAACCUCUUCAUCAACUUCUGCCUCAUCCUCAUCUGCCUGCUGCUCAUCUGCAUCAUCGUCAUGCUGCUCUGAGCUGGCCCUUGAGGAGGGGAGGCAGCGGCCACUCCUCAGCACAGAGCUCCCCGCGGGAGAGCGGGCCCAGGUCAACACACUGUGGGAGCACAGACCCUGGGCUCAGCAAGCACCUCCAACCUUCGCUUCCUAGCGACCAGUGUAGAGUGCGUGAGCCACCCAGCGACUGCUUCCAAUAGCCUGCAGUUUCUUUCUCAAGUCCUUUCUGAGGGUGGAGGAGGAGCUUAAUUUUGAGACAAAACUGCUGCCCAGGUCACUUCCUGCACACAGCGCUGGCCUCUCUCUGAGGCUAACGUGUUUGGGAUGCAUUUAGGAUGCACUGUCACAGCAUCUUUGAUAGCUACUGCCUAGUGCUUAGGUCUUCCCCACGGCAGUGGUGGCAAAUCUCCAGCAUGUGUGCCACAGUGGGCUGUCUGUAUCCCUGAAAGCUCUGAGAGCUUCGCCAUCACUGCACGAGAGGAACAAGUCAAACGUGCAUCACACACAAAGCACCCUGAGCCCUGGCAGCUACAGAUACUGCUGGGACCCCUUGUCAGGGGCUCACUUCCAAAUCACAAGUUAUAUUCUUUUCCUGUACCAAAUGAACACUUUUUGAAGUUUUUGAAAAUCAAAUAGAGAAAGGAACAUAUCCUUAUAUAAAUAAAUUCCGCUAAUUCUUUUCAAAGAACAGAAUUUUAGUACAUGUAAGUUAAUCAUGACUCUAAGACACUGUCAUCAGCAGAUAAGAACUGGUAACUACUGGUUACCAUAACUACUAACACUAACAGAACAGAGCCAAACCUUAAUUUAAGGUUGUAGUGGAUUACCUAACUUGUCAUACUAUAUCAAAAACCUAAGACUUCAGAAUGAUUGUAAAGGUUGUUCUCUAUCCAACCUCAGACCAACGAAGGAAAAAAUGAUUUCAAAUGACAGAAAAAUACAUUAUUUCAAGCAUUAAGGAAAUAAAAUUUAAAUCCUCCAAAUAUUCUUAUAUCACGUUUUAAAAUGAACUUUUUGUCCUAUUAGUUACCAUAAGAUAUAGUUAUUUUCCUUAAUCUAUCAACCAGGUAUACAGACUUAUUUUUUAAGCCAGUCCACUUAGCUAAAUAAUAGAUCCAGCGCUGCUACCCUAUAAUCAUGUUCUUGAUGCACACAUUUUCUGUCUCCCCUCCGAUCAUUUCUGAAGCAUCUCGCAACUAAUAAAACAACAGAAGUAAAAACUGGUGUUGGAAAUA